CAGGUGUCCGAGACAACAGUGGAGGAAGAGAAUGUGGGUCUGUCACAGCGGAAGCUCGACUCUCGUCUUUCUUUGUGUCCAUUCCGUAGCUUGGAACAAGCCAAGAAGCUACGUGCGUCCUAGCGCUCACGUCCCUUUCGCUCAGAUUCGACCCCGCAUGAACAGAGACCGAAGGAGAGUGGACGAGGCUCCUUCUCACUGCGGGAGGACACUAGCACCAGAGAGCCAAGAGAGCAAGCGAUAAGGAAGCGCAGAAAACAAGGCGGGCGUGGACGGGAAGCAGAGCCCAGGGCGGGAGGGACUGAGAGUGACGCGCCCCGGAUGGAAUCGAGGUUUGGCUCGGGCGGGGACGACAAGCGAUUGAAGUGCAGAGACGGCGUGCGGCGCGGGCGGGCGAAAGAGGCCUUUGUCUCCUCCUCCUGGGCGCUCGCUCAGUGGUGCCACUCCGGUCUCCAUGAGUCAGAGGUUCCCCGGCGCCCGGGCAUCCCUCAGCCCCUGACCUGCCCUGUUCUCGCCAUGGCCGAGGCGGCCUCGGGCGCCGGGGGCUCGACCCUGGAGGGUGAGCGGGGCAAGAGGCCCCCGCCCGAGGGCGAGCCUGCGGCGCCUGCGUCUGGAGUGCUGGAUAAACUAUUUGGGAAGAGGCUCCUGCAGGCUGGCCGCUACCUGGUGUCUCACAAGGCCUGGAUGAAGACGGUGCCCACUGAGGACUGUGAUGUGCUCAUGACCUUUCCAGACACCACUGAUGACCACACACUGCUGUGGCUGCUGAACCACAUCCGUGUGGGCAUUCCUGAGCUGAUUGUGCAAGUUCGCCACCACCGUCACACGGGCGCCUAUGCUUUCUUCGUCACUGCCACCUAUGAGAGCCUACUCCGGGGGGCGGACGAGCUGGGUCUGCGCAAGGCCGUGAAGGCCGAGUUCGGUGGGGGUACCCGCAGCUUCUCCUGUGAAGAGGACUUCAUCUAUGAGAACGUGGAGAGCGAGCUGCGUUUCUUCACCUCGCAGGAGCGACAGAGCAUCAUCCGCUUCUGGUUACAGAACCUACGGGCCAAGCAGGGGGAGGCUCUACACAACUUGCGCUUUUUGGAGGACCAGCCAAUCAUUCCAGAGCUGGCUGCCCGAGGCAUCAUACAACAGGUGUUUCCGGUUCAUGAGCAGCGUAUUCUGAACCGUCUCAUGAAGUCCUGGGUUCAGGCCGUGUGUGAAAACCAGCCUUUAGAUGACAUCUGUGAGUACUUUGGAGUGAAGAUUGCCAUGUACUUUGCCUGGCUGGGCUUCUACACAUCUGCAAUGGUUUACCCUGCUGUCUUUGGCUCUGUUCUGUAUACAUUCACUGAAACUGAUCAGACGAGCCGGGAUGUUUCCUGUGUGGUCUUCGCUCUCUUCAAUGUGAUCUGGUCAACACUGUUCUUGGAGGAGUGGAAACGGAGGGGGGCAGAGCUGGCCUACAAGUGGGGGACACUAGACUCACCUGGGGAAGCUGUGGAAGAGCCUCGACCCCAGUUCAGGGGCAUUCGGCGUAUCAGCCCCAUAACUCGAGCCGAGGAGUUCUACUACCCGCCCUGGAAGCGAUUGCUCUUCCAGCUGCUCGUCAGCUUGCCACUGUGCCUGGCCUGUCUCAUCUGCGUCUUUAUACUGAUGCUCGGCUGCUUCCAGCUGCAGGAGCUGGUCCUGAGCGUGAAGGGGCUGCCACGCCUGGUCCGCUUCCUGCCCAAGGUCAUGCUGGCCCUGCUGGUCAGUGUGAGCGCUGAGGGCUACAAGAAGCUAGCUGUGUGGCUCAACGACAUGGAGAAUUACCGGCUAGAGAGCGCCUACGAGAGGCACCUUAUCAUCAAAGUCGUCCUGUUCCAGUUUGUCAACUCGUACUUGAGUCUGUUCUACAUCGGCUUCUACCUCAAAGACAUGGACCGCCUGAAAGAGCUGCUGCUACUCCUGUCCCUGACCCAGAGCCUCGAGCGGCAGUUGCGGGCGGUGCUGGUCCCGCUCGCGGCCCUGCGGUUCCGCCUGCUCCUCCUGUCCCUCCGGGGUCUCCUGCUCAUGGCCCGGGCCAAAAUGCUGGCCACUCUGCUCAUCACCCGGCAGCUGCUGCAGAAUGUGCGCGAGGUGCUGCAGCCGCACCUUUACCACAGGCUGGGCCGCGGGGAGCUGGGCCUGCGCGCCAUCGGGGAGCUGGCCCGGGCAAUGCUGGGUCUGCUGAACCCCUUGCGCUCGGACCCCCAACGGCACCUGGAAACCCAGGCUGAUGAGGGCCGAGCGGGGAGCCGCAGGUGUCUGGGCGGAGGCUGCGGGGCGCCCGAGGAGGAGGAGGAGGCUGCUGUGGAGCGGAGGCCAGCAGGGGAAGGCGGGGAGGUCCCAGAAGGUCCUCGGGGUGCCAAGGAAGAGGAGGAGGAGGAGGAGGACGACGACGACGAUGACGACGACGACGACGACGACGAUGACAACGAGGACAGGGACGAAGAAGGAGGUCUCCUGGACUCCGGGCUGCGCCUCAAGAAGGUCAGCUUUGCCGAGCGGGGCGCAGGGCGGCGCAGGCCAGGCCCGGGCCCCGACGGCCUCCUGGAGGAGGGGAGCCCCACCAUGGUGGAGAAGGGGCUGGAGCCUGGUGUGUUUACGCUGGCCGAGGAAGACGAUGAGCCGGAGGGGCUCCCAGGCAGCCCCGGCUCAGAGCUCCCUACUGUCUUGCUCCGCCGGGCGGGCGCCGAGGGCGGCGACCAGGGGCCUGAUGGAGACCCAGACACUGGCUCUGGCGAAGAUACUGGGAGACAGAAGAGACAGAACAGGUCUUCCUGGAUUGACCCGCCAGAGGAGGAGCAUUCGCCGCAGCUCACACAGGCAGAGCUGGAGAGCUGCAUGAAAAAGUAUGAGGACACGUUCCAGGACUACCAGGAGAUGUUCGUGCAGUUCGGUUAUGUAGUACUCUUCUCAUCUGCCUUCCCACUGGCCGCCCUGUGCGCCCUAGUCAACAACCUGAUUGAGAUCCGAAGCGAUGCCUUCAAGCUAUGCACCGGCCUGCAGCGGCCCUUCGGUCAGCGCGUGGAGAGCAUUGGCCAGUGGCAGAAGGUCAUGGAGGCGAUGGGCGUGCUGGCUAUCGUGGUGAACUGCUACCUCAUUGGCCAGUGUGGCCAGCUGCAGCGCCUGUUCCCCUGGCUGAGCCCAGAGGCAGCCAUCGUGUCUGUGGUGGUGCUAGAGCAUUUGGCUCUAUUAGUCAAGUACCUCAUCCACGCAGCCAUUCCUGACAUCCCAGGCUGGGUGGCUGAGGAGAUGGCCAAACUCGAGUACCAGCGGCGGGAAGCCUUCAAGCCAAAUGUGCCUCCAGUGACCUCAGGCCUGCUGCAUUUCCUUCUGUGUUUGGAGAAGGCACUAUGCUUCUACAUAGCCCACCACAGCCUCAAUUUUGGAAUGCCCACCUCACCCUUCUGAGGACAGGCAUAUACUGCCACACCUUGUUUGGUUUUAUUUUUGGGUGUGUGUGUGUUUAUUUAUUAUUUUUUUAAGACAGGGUUUCUCUGUGUAGCUUUGGCUGUCCUGGAACUCAUUCUGUAGGCCAGGCUGGCCUUGAAUGCACAGAGAUCUGCCACUGCACCUGGCUGCUUUUCAUUUUUUAUGUACGCUGUUAGUGGGUCUUGUGUAGCCCAGGCUUGAGACUGAUGCCCCUCGACCCUGCCUCUGAGUGGGCUGGGACCACGGAUGUGGAGCACAGCGCCUCCUCGGAGCCAGUGUUGUGUGGUAUUCCCAGCAACUCAUCAGAGGCUUCCUUGUUUUGAUUUAUUUAAUUUUACUUUGGGUUCUGUUUUACUUGCAUAUGUAUAUGUGCAUUCAGUGUCCUCAAAGACCAGUAGAGGGCGUCGGAUCCCCCAAAAUGAAGUUAUAGAUGGUUGUGGGCUUUCAUGUGGGUGCUGGCAAUGAAACCAGGGUCUUAACCCAGCAGCCAGCACUCUUAACCACUGAGCCGUCUCUCAAGACAGCGCCAUGUAGGACACUGAAAGUGUGGACACUGAAAGCCCACAGGAGGCUGUGAGCAUAUUGAAAGCAGGGUGCCACUGUAGAAGGGACCAGAGCCUUUGCUGUACCCUAUUUGUGUUGGUCCUGAAGCCAACACCCUGUGGGGACUGAGGGGUGACCACAGCUUGUGCUCCCAGCGAGGCUCUCUAGCUUCUUGAUGGCACCAGCUCUCAAGAAUGUUCAGCUUGCCAGCCUGCCUCUCCAAAUGGUUCUGCAAACUGCAUGAAGGGCCAAGGAGUGGCGCCUUCUAGGGAAGACUCUGGGAAAGUGUGCCAAACAGCAGCCACGAGUCUGGGCUACUCAUGGAGCCACGGUGUAUUCCCUCACUAGGGAACACUAGGCUGGGCCUCUACCUGCUCGCUGAUCUUCAACUCCAAACAGUGUUAAUUUAUAUUGCCGGGCUGUGAAUGGUGACUCAUGCCUGUGAGCCUAGCACUGGGGAAGCUUCUGAAUUCCAGUUGCAUAGUGAAGACCUGUCUCAAAACACACAAAGAAAGGGAAAGCGGCGGUGGUGGUGGGGUCAGCUCUUUUGAGAAAGCUCCAGCUGGAGGUCUAUAGCGUCUCCCAUAUCCCCUGCUCGCCAAGCCCGGGCCCAGCGGUACUUUGGCGUCUGUCCGUCCGUUGCUCAGGCACCGGGCGGUCAGGUCGGGGGUUCCGGCCGGGCGGUGGG